AUGAGGCUGUUGGGGGAUUAGAUUGUCAGGGCUAGAAAAGGUUCUGCCAAUGGCCCAGACACAGAAGAGUUGGACCACAAAGAUUGUGCCAAGAGGUCACAACUCAAGGACUGGUUCCCUGAAUAAGAGAUGACCAGCUCUGGCUGGGAGGAAUGGAAGGCAGUUUGUGCCCAAACCCCUCGCUCACCUACUUCAGGCUGCACUGGGCUGGGAGGGGACCUGACCGCAAGGGGUGGGAGCAGAAACACACAAAAAACCUGGGAACCUGUGAUACUAGACCGAGCCUGGGUUCUGCAAGAGGUCUAGGGAUCAAGGCUUUUGGCCAGUGGGCCCUGGCCUGAGGCCACCUCAGUAAACAAGUCUGUGAGGUCUGCUGAGGGCUAGGCAAGUAGAACCCUGGCCCUGUGUGAGGUGAGGCUUGGUUGCCAGGUGACUGUCCCUGGGCAGCCACCUGCUGUCAGAUUCUACUUGCUGUGCUUGCCCCUUGACUGCAGCCACUCUGGUACCACUCUUUCCCUUGCCACUAUGUCACGGCAACUCAAUAUGGACACACUACGGCAGAACUUCUGGAAGGAGGAAUAUCUGAGGGAGAAGAUGUUGUACUGUGAAUGGCACCGCAAGUAUGGGUCCAUGGUGAAGGCCAAGCAGAAGGCUAAGGCUACAGCCCGCCUGCCCCUCAAACUGCCCACUCUGCACCCCAAAGCUGCACUCUCACCUCCACCUGCACCCAAAGCAAUUCCCUUAAAGGCUCCCAGCCCUGGCCUGGAGGCGCCUAUUCAGUCAGAAAUGUACCCAGUGCUGCCUUCCAUCCGGGCUCUGCUGUAUGACGGCAUCUCCCAUGACCUCCAGGGGCGCUACCACUACCUCAACACCCGAAAACUGGACUUGCCAGAGAAGCGUUACCUCUUCCCCAUCACCACCAACUUCACAUAUGGCUGGCAGCUGGGACCCCCAGAGAAGCAAGAACUAGUCUUCUGCAAGAUGUGCCGCACUGAAUCGUUUUUCCGCAAGAACGGGGUUUUCGCGCUGCUUGACUCUCAAGACCUGGCCCUCUGACCCUCUGGCUGUGGUCCAGGCAAUAGCCUUGCUGGAGGAAAGAAGAAAUAGCAUGCCUUCUGGCAGGGAUUCAGCAGUGACUAGGCGGGGCUGGUAAGGGCAGGCCAGCGCUACUCUCCAGCAAAGGAUCCUCAGCACCGUGAGGCCACAGCAGCUGCUGAAACUGGGUGUUCCUGAGGAGAGAGUGGCCUGUC